AUGCACACGGUGACAGAUGCGCGAGCUGGAACCCAAUUCGUCAGCGCCGCCCUGUCAGGCACCUCCUCCAAGGCGAGGAUUGGAGCCCCGCACCCGUCCGGAAACGAUCUUCGGCUGGCUACAAUCGACACGAAAGUCUACCAUGAAAAUUGCGUCCGAUGUUGUGUCUGCGACGUUCAGCUGCAAGACAAAUGCUAUGAAAAAGAAAAUCAGUUUUACUGCAGUACACACUACUAUAAGGACUGUAGUCCUUUUCGAUGUUCUGGAUGUAAAGUUGGUAUCUCUCCCACCGAUAUGGUGUACAAGUUGAAGACUGGAAUGGUCUUUCACGUAGACUGCCAUUCAUGCAUUCGAUGUGGACGUCGUCUCUCGCCUGGAGAACAGAUUUUGGUGGACGAAAUUGCUCAAACUGUUGCUUGUAUGCAACAUUUCUAUGACGGUAAAGAUUCAUAUUUUGCCGUUCCUCCUCAGCAACAGCGUCAAACUGCGUUUCCGAGCUGCUCAACAGAACCAAGCGGAUUCGAAGCAGAACAGUUCAAUGAAUUUCAAAUUAAAAAGGAAGUGGAUACGUUCGCGUACAAUUUCGAUUCAUAUCCCUUUUCUGAUUUUUGCGAUGAUGACAAUAAAUUUCUUAAACGCCGUGGCCCUCGAACAACUAUAAAACAGAACCAGCUGGAUGUCCUAAAUCGAAUUUUUUCCUCAACGCCUAAGCCUUCGAAACAUGCUCGAGCAAAACUCGCUUUGGAGACUGGCCUUAGCAUGAGAGUCAUACAAGUAUGGUUUCAAAACCGUCGAAGCAAAGAAAGACGUCUAAAACACCUCUGUAAUUAUCUUCGACACUAUGAGCAAAGGGGUUUGCUUCCUCCACCGAUUCAGUUCCCAGCCUCAGAUGUAGAAGGAGGAAGUGGAUCCGAAGUAACGUCAUUCACUCAGUAUCUGAGUGGUAUAGAGGGCCAUUUUGAAGAAGAGGAGGAAGAGGACUGA